UGGUAAUAAUUGCAUCUACGAUUGCGCCUUUUGAGAGCAAGUCUCACCAUUGGAGCCCCACAUGUUCCAAGACUGCGCGCCACGAUUCCGAGAGCUUUGGCACAUUGAGUAGAUCGUGAUUACGGUACCUACCCCAGAAUAGGUGGGGUUUUUGUGGAACAUACCAAAGGAAGACUGACGUCAUUGACUGAGAGCCCAUACGUAAACGCGAACUUCGCGCUUUUGUUUGCUCUGUUCCUCGUAACAACUUCAGUCGAUUGAUCGAACAAAUCAACUCAGGCGCUUCCUAUACAUUCAAGCAAUCUUCUACUUUACCAAAAUUUCAGUCGUCAGCCAUGUCGUCUUACAGCAACGCAAACACGGGCAGCAAGGAGGCCGACCCGUAUACCGCACAGAAUAAGCAGGAGCCUUCCCUCAAGGAGAAGGUUGACGAUCUGUUCACCUUUAUCGACAGGACAAAGAUCUGUCUGUUGACUGCGCAGACGGCGCAAAGCGACUUGCUUACGUCGAGAGCUAUGGCUUUGGCGGCAAAGGAGGGCAACGGGUUUGACCUGCUGUUCCACACCAACACCGAGUCCGGCAAGACAGACGAUCUUAAGACACACCCUUCCGUCAACAUUGGCUUCAUUAACAACUCUGGCGAAUGGGCAUCGAUCUCGGGACACGCAUCCAUCGAGGUCGACCGCAACGUCAUAAGGAAGCACUACUCACCCGCGCUGAAGGCCUGGCUUGGCGAUCUCGGUGAUGGCAAGCACGAUGGUGGCCCAGAGGACCCGCGCAUUGGCAUCAUACGUGUGAAGGCUAGCACAGUCACCUAUGCUGUGUCGAACAGCACAACAUUGGGAAGCUUUGUUGAGCUGGCCAAAGGUGUUGCAACAGGCCAGCCGCCUAACGUCAACAAGUUGCGCGAGCUUACAGAGGCGGAGAUUUCUCAGUGGAAAGGCCAGUAGAAAUAAUGGCCGAGGAGAAAGGAAUCAUGAACCCAUAUUUCGGACGGAUGAAAAGAUUCAUGUGUAAUGCACUAUGAGAUCAAAUAUUUACACCCGACAGGGUUGGCGAAUUCAUGAAACUCCUAGCAUGAAUUAGCAAACUAUAGCUGAUUAGGAAUAAUUGAAUAAAUGUCACCGUAAUAGCCUCAUAUUCACUCGCGUGCUUUCAUAUCGUCUAGGUGUUUACGAUCCACCUUCCCACGUCCUAUAGCAUUCUUCGAACACCAGCUAGCAGUGCUUUCUCCGAGGAUCUAUGCUGCGAAGAAUGAGCGCACAGCUCUGGUGGACUAGUACGCUCAAUUGUAGUCCCGUCUUCGGUGUUCGCGUCCUGGGCAACAUAGACGGUG